AGGCGGAAGCGCCCGUGGAGGGCACUGCUGCCGGAUUUUCGGCAGCGGCACCUGCCCGGCAGUACACGGCCCUCGUCCCCCCCGCUGGACUCCGUGGGUCGUUGUCAUGUGACUUCUGCCUCUGACCACAAGUCUGGUUGGGACCUCUCGAGGAAGAGGGUCAGAUCUCCGCCCGAGAAUCUGAAGGGUCUCUUGUGAUAGGCCCGUCUGUGCCAGGGGCCAUGGUGGCACCGUGGGCCCUCGCUCUGGCCUUGGCCUCAGGCCUGGCGGCUGCCAGCCCACCUAACAUCAUGCUGAUCUUUGCUGAUGACCUGGGCUACGGGGACCUGGGCUCCUAUGGGCACCCCAGUUCCACCACCCCCAAUCUAGACCAGCUGGCCGCAGGGGGACUGCGGUUCACCGACUUCUAUGUGCCAGUGUCUCUGUGCACGCCCUCCCGGGCCGCCCUCCUGACCGGCCGACUCCCAGUUCGGAUGGGCCUGUACCCGGGAGUUCUGGAUCCCAGCUCUCGGGGGGGCCUGCCCCUGGAAGAGGUGACCCUGGCUGAGGUUCUGGCUGCCCAAGGCUACCUCACAGGGAUAGCUGGCAAGUGGCACCUUGGGGUGGGGCCUGAGGGGGCCUUUCUGCCCCCCCACCAGGGCUUCCAUCGAUUCCUGGGCAUCCCAUACUCCCAUGACCAGGGCCCUUGCCAGAACCUGACCUGCUUCCCGCCGGCCACCCCCUGUGACGGCAGCUGUGACCAGGGCCUGGUCCCUAUUCCUCUGUUGGCCAACCUGUCCGUGGAGGCGCAGCCCCCUUGGUUGCCUGGACUUGAGGCCCGCUACGUGGCUUUCGCCCGUGACCUCAUGGCUGAUGCCCAGCGCCAUGGCCGCCCGUUCUUCCUGUACUAUGCCUCCCACCACACCCACUACCCCCAGUUCAGUGGGCAGAGCUUCACAGGGCGCUCAGGCCGCGGGCCAUUUGGGGACUCCCUGAUGGAGCUGGAUGCAGCCGUGGGGGCCCUGAUGACGGCCGUGGGGGACCUAGGGCUGCUCGGAGAGACGCUGGUCAUCUUCGCUGCAGACAAUGGACCUGAGACGAUGCGGAUGUCCCGUGGUGGCUGCUCUGGCCUCCUGCGAUGCGGAAAGGGAACCACCUUCGAAGGGGGCGUCCGAGAGCCUGCCUUGGCCUUCUGGCCAGGCCACAUCGCCCCCGGUGUGACCCAUGAACUGGCCAGCUCCCUGGAUCUACUGCCCACCCUGGCAGCCCUGACAGGGGCCCCACUGCCCAACGUCACUUUGGAUGGCAUCGACCUCAGCCCCCUAUUACUGGGCACAGGCAAGAGCCCCCGGCAGACCGUCUUCUUCUACCCGGCCUACCCAGACGAGGUCCGUGGGGUCUUUGCUGUGCGGAGUGGAAAGUACAAGGCUCACUUCUUCACCCAGGGUUCUGCCCACAGCGACACCACGGCAGACCCUGCCUGCCAUGCCUCCAGCCCUCUGACCGCCCAUGAGCCCCCGCUGCUCUUUGACCUGUCUGAGGACCCCGGUGAGAACUACAACCUUUUGGGGAGUGUGGCAGAGGUCACCCCGGAGACGCUGCGGGCGCUGAAGCAUCUUCAGCUGCUCAAGGCCCAGUUUGAUGCUGCCAUGACCUUCAGCCCCAGCCAGAUGGCCCGGGGCAAAGACCCUGCCCUGCAGAUCUGCUGUCAGCCCAGCUGCACCCCCUGGCCGUCCUGCUGCCACUGCCCGGGGCCCCAGACCUGAGGGCACUGGCAGAGGCCAGCCAAGGGCCCCUUGCCUUGCCCAGGCAUGUGGUUCAUUGCUGUGGCUUAGGUGUGUGGAGGUGGUUUGUACCUGAUAAUGCAAAUAACACCAGCUGACACCUGUAGGUCUGAU